AUGGACAGCCUCAAAAAUAUUCUUGUUGCGCAGCUGAAGGCUCUUCGGCCGUCAUUCCUGAACAAGAAGCCGCACUUCAACUUCAUCACAGUCCAUUACUUUUAUGUCAUCGGCCUGGCCCUCCUCGGCUCCGUCUUGAUCUAUGGCCCGGGCAGAGGCAACAUCGCCUACAUUGAUGCCCUGGCCUUUGCCUCGGGCGGCGCUACGCAAGCCGGCCUGAAUACUGUGAAUGUCAACCUCUUGACGACCUACCAGCAAGUCGUCAUCUUUGUCAUUGCUGGUAUUGCCAACCCUAUGGUCAUUCACUCGUUUGUCGUUGUGCUGCGUCUGUACUGGUUCGAGAAGCGCUUUCAGCACAUUGCCAGAGAGGCGCGCUUGCGGCGAGGCACACUCUCCAAGUCCAAGUCCAAGUAUGUGAACGACUCGUCACGUCUCGAAGACGGCGUCAACGGCCGUCACAUUACCGUCAUCCACGAUGGAGCGCGCUCGCGCCUUGCCAACGACGGCACCUACUUGGGCCCCAUGGCCUCGGCCGCCACCGAUGGACCGGCUCCCCGCGACCGCACCAACGGCGAUGCCCAGCACCAUGCCGACGAUGCCAAUGGCACCGAAGGGGAGAACGGCUCCGCCGUUGCCAACGGUGACACGGUCCCGCCCAAGUCCACGCUUACAGAGCCGCUCGAAGCAAGACGGCCGGAGAUCAAAUUUGCACCAACGGUGAAACGCAGCGACGGGAUCGACGAUGAUCUCACAAAGUUGCCGCCUCGUCUUACGGACGAAGAACACAUUGCCAUUCUGGAACGGCAACGACGGAACCAAGACGACGACGAAGUGCUCCGAAUUCCCGGCCCCCGCGACGCUGAACGCGGUAUUCUUCCAAGUACGAUUGUGCGGGGUGAAUCAGACGACGGAGACGCACCGUCACCUGUACUGCAGCGUCGGAAUCGUCGGCUAAGCGAUGCUUCCGUCGCGUCCCUGGACCUGGACUCAAAACCCACGUCCCAGGCAAACGGAACUCGACACCGGGUCAACAGCAAGCAAACCGACGGCAGCCGCGACAGUGCAGACGAGAGACGAGGCCGGCCACGACUGGCCCAAGCCAUCACAAUCCAGGAACCAGAAAAGCCGUCCCGGCUCGAUGAGCUAAGCGUCGACGCCCAUGCGGCUGCGCAUGUGGUCUCCGCGUUUCGUCCCCAUAGACCACGUGGCGUCGGCAGCGGCGACGAUGAAAACAACCUACACCAGACCGUGUCAGCACGGUCAAAGCGCCGGCAGAGGAUGGAUUCUUUCAAGCGCGUCUUUUCGCGCGACAAGGAAGGAGAUCCGGCUCCUUACCUCAGUUGGGAGCCGACUCUGGGCCGCAACUCUGCCUUCCUCGGCCUCUCGGAGGAGCAGCGCGAAGAACUGGGUGGCAUCGAGUACCGGUCCCUCAAGACGCUCGCCUUGGUCCUGGUCGGAUACUACUGGGGCUUCUGGCUGCUUGGUGUCAUCAGCUUGGUGCCGUGGAUCCUCAAGAGCUCGACGUACGGUGCCGUUGUCGACGAGGCUAGCCAGAGCCGUGUGUGGUGGGGCUUUUUCACGCCGCACUCGGCCUUUAUGGACCUCGGCUUCACGUUGACCCCGGACAGCAUGAGCUCGUUUAACACUGCCAUCUUCCCUCUGCUGUUGAUGGCCUUCCUCAUUGUUAUCGGCAACACAGGCUUCCCGGUCAUGCUUCGCUUUGUGAUUUGGGUGUUGUCCAAUCUUGUGCCGCGCGGCAGUGGAGUCUACGAGGAGUUCAAGUUUCUGCUGGACCACCCUCGUCGCUGCUUUACUCUUCUGUUUCCUUCUGGUGCGACGUGGUGGCUGUUUUGGUUGCUGGUCAUGCUCAACGGCAUCGACCUUUUAUUCUUUAUUGUCCUUGACCUUGGCAAUGGACCUAUUUUUGCACUCCCCCCUGGCAUCCGCGUUCUUGACGGCCUGUUCCAGGCCUUCUCGACACGCACCGCCGGCUUCUCUUGCGUCAAUUUGGCAGACGUUCACCCGGCUGUACAGGCAUCGUACAUGAUCAUGAUGUACAUUUCGGUGUUCCCAAUUGCCAUUUCCGUGCGCCGCACAAACGUAUAUGAAGAAAACUCGCUGGGCGUGUACAACGGAAGCGAAAUCGACGAUCCCGUGCACGGAACCGAUCUUGAAUACGUCGGCGCACAUUUGCGGCGGCAGCUGUCGUUCGAUUUGUGGUACCUGUCUAUCGGCUUUUUCAUCCUGACCAUCUCCGAGGGCGCCCGCCUGCAAGCCAACGAGUUUUCCAUGUUUGCGGUACUUUUCGAGGUUGUCAGUGCGUACGGCACCGUCGGCAUGAGCCUGGGCUACUCGGGCGGUGAUGAAUCGCUGUGCUCCCAGUUCAGCGUCGUCGGCAAGCUCGUCAUCAUCGCCAUGAUGAUCCGUGGCCGCCAUCGCGGCCUGCCAUACGGCCUUGACCGCGCCAUCCUGCUGCCCAGCGAGUCCCUCAAUGCGAAAGAGGCAGCGGCUGCCGAGGCGCAGCUCGCCCGGGGCUUGUCCUUUGCGACAGCUGCCACUCGGCGGGGCUCGGCUGUCUCGCUCCCAACCCAGGCGGCCACGCUUCGCGGUUCGAGCACAAAUCGCGACCGCCGGCGCAGUCGCAGCAUCGAGCGCGUCAACAGCAACCUCCUCACAUCGUUCCUCCAUCCGGGCCCGCCGAAGCACAACAACCUGCACGUCCCACCGCCGCCUCGUCGUUCGUUUAGUGAGGCGAACAUGGACGAAACCCUGGCGCAGUCGAGUGGUAUUGACUUUGCCAACCACAGCACAUUUAGGUCACAACAGCAGUAA